CCUAAGCCCCGCCCCCGGCUCCGGAGCCGUCCUCCCGCGCAGGCGCCCUGGGGCCCGCAGCCUCCCGGGUGGUGUCCCUGCCGUGGCCGCGGUGCUAUGGUGCCGCCGCCGCCUCUGUCGCCGCCUCUCUGCACGCUGCCGCCGGGGCCCGGGCCCCCGCGCUUCGUGUGCUAUUGCGAGGGGGAGGGAAGCGAGGACGGAGGCCGCGGCGGCUUCAACCUCUAUGUGACGGACGCCGCGGAACUCUGGAGCACCUGCUUCACGGCGGACAGCCUGGAGGCCCUCAAAGCCCGUUUGGGCCUGAGUGCGGCUGAGGAGAUCACCCCCCGGUUCAGGGCAGCCUGUGAGCAGCAAGCUGUGACUUUCGCCCUGCGGGAGGAUGGAGCAUCCCUAACCCUUUCCGGGGGGCCCUGGGCCCUGGAUUUUGAGCUCUCCAAGGUGCCGGGCCCAGAGGCAGCCUCCAGGUUGCAGGCACUGACACUGGGUCUGGCAGAGCAAGUGUGCAACUUGAAGAGGCAGCUGGCAGGCCUGCAGGUGACAGCCACCAGCCCCAAAAAGAGCCCUUGUCUGGCAGGGCCUCAGUUCUUCUUACCAGACCCGGACCCUCAGAGAGGUGGCCCUGGACUUGGGGUCAGGAGGCGGUGUCCAGGAGAGUCCCUCAUCAACCCUGGCUUCAAGAGUAAGAAACCAGCCAGCGGUGUAGACUUUGACAGCCCCUGAAGGCGCAGCACCAAGUGUGACCCUGCCAGGAGUCUGCUCAUGCGGUGGGGACAGCGCCUGAGACCCCACAGCCCGUCCUGCUGCCAGAGGGGAACAAACCUGCUUCUUGGACCCCUUCCCCAUUAAAUAAAUGGCUUCCUCAGGUGGAGGAAACGGC